AUGCGCAAGCAACUGCAGCAAUCCGUCUUUGAGAUGAUGGAGGCUUUGGGCAAGGCAUCUCGAGCGGCUGCCUCCAAGACAGCACAGCGGACUCUGGUGAACUUGAGCCUUCUCAUGGGAACCUCUCUGAUACUCCUGCCCUUUGCCGCCAUCGCUUCCGUCCUCUUCUUCCGCAACUACCUGCCCGAUCAUGUAGUAACGGUGCCCGUGCAUCUCCAGUAUGGAUCAGGGGUCAAUCCUUUUGGGAUAGCCACCGUCCCAACCUCUAAGCUGAGAACUCAGCAGGAGUAUGACGUGUCUGUCACGUUAUCAAUGCCUCGAUCGCCAGCGAACUCAAAUCGCGGCAACUUCAUGGUCGCACUCUACUUCCUUGACGCAGGGCUCCCAUCAACAGACAGUAGCUUCGUGCAACCUCAUACCCUCCCCGAGCCCUACGGUCACUUUGACGACAAAACUGUUUUGUUUUCGUCGCGUCGGCCAACUCUCGUGCCUUACCAGGAUCCAUUGAUAUCAAUGGCGUCGCGGAUUCUUUUUUUACUUUACCAUAUACUCGUUUCAAACUCACAAACAUGCGUGCUCACAAUACCUAUGGCUGAGCGUGCUGAGCUGUCUAAGGGCUCUGUUCUUCCAUCCUCGGCUUAUCUUGAGAUCCAGGGUGGCCAGACAAUUGAGACGUACCACGCGUCGAUAACACUUACAGCACGAUUGCGUGGAUUACGCUGGUUGAUGUAUCGAUAUCGCCUGUCAACGCUAACACUCGCAAUCUUGCUGUUCUGGGGAUUUGAGGUCUUGUUCAUGGGUGGCGCCUGGUUGAUCUGGUCUGGUCUUUCAGGCUCGGGCUGGGGAUCGAACGGCAUACCGGGCGGCGAAUCUUCAAAAUUGACAGCGCGGGUUAAGAGAGAAGACGCUAGCGGUGUCGAUGAACUAUCAGAUGCGCCGAGGACAUUCCCUACCUAUGGUAACCAGGCGCCGUUGAGAUACGAGCCUGACGUUAAGGAGGAAAUGCAAGCAAGCUCUCGCAUGGAGGACUUAGUGCCACUGGGCGGUGAAGCGGACGAUGAGGAGGAGGACGAUGGACGGGGCAGUUUCAAGGGUGACUCAGGAAUAGGAACAAGUUACAGCGAAGGGGGGUCCAGCAGUGUCCGACGAAGAUCAUCGCAUAACCGCUAG